CGAGAUACACAUGUAGUAGUUUUAUGUAAUUUUAUUUCCUUGUUGAGAAUGGCAGCAACUGACAACAUAAGGGUUGCUAUCAGGGUUCGUCCUCUAAUAAAAAGGGAAAAUGAUUUUCAUCAACCAAUACACUGGAAGGUUGAUGGAAACACCAUUACACAAUUGUCGAAUGCAAAGAUACUGCCAAACUCAUCCUACUUUUUUGAUGUUUAUGAUGAGUUUGGCAGACCUACAGUCCUUUCUGCCAUGGACGGAUUCAAUGGAACUCUUUUUGCGUAUGGGCAGACAUCAUCUGGAAAGACUCAUACCAUGAUGGGAGAUGGAAAGUACAAAGGAGUCAUCCCCAAAGCUAUUGGGGAAAUUUUUGACUAUAUUGAAAAGAAUCCUUCUAGAGAAUUUUUAAUACGAGUUUCAUACAUAGAGAUCUACAAUGAGGACAUCAAAGAUCUGCUGAAUCCUGCGAAAACCAAUCUCAAAAUACAUGAAAAUGCUCAGAAACAAGUCUACGUUGGUGAUCUGACAGAGGAGGUGGUAUCCUGUAGCGAAGAUGUCUUCAAACACAUGAUGCGAGGAGAGAAAAAUCGACAUUUUGGUGUUACUAAUAUGAACGACCGCAGCAGCAGGAGUCAUACAAUUUUUCGGGUGGUUAUCGAGAGCCGUGAAAUGAUGGACGAAAGCAAGACUCCUGAUACAAUAGACGGCGCAGUUCGAGUAGCACAUUUGAACCUGGUUGACUUAGCAGGCUCAGAAAGAGCGUCGCAAACUGGAGCUUUUGGUCAAAGAUUGAAAGAAGGCGGGCACAUAAACAAGAGUCUUCUGGCCCUGGGCUCUGUUAUAGCCAAGCUAAGUGAAGGAGAAAGUUUUAUACCAUUCCGGGAUUCAAAGCUAACCCGAAUAUUACAGUCGUCGCUCGGAGGAAAUGCAAAGACCUCCAUGCUAUGUACGAUCACUCCAGCGGCGAUUGAAGAGUCAAUUAGUACUUUAAAGUUUGCCAGCCGAGCGAAAACCAUCAAAAACUGUCCAGAAGUUAACGAGAUUCUACUCCUAGAGUAA